AUGCUUCUCUCUCUCUCUCUCUCUCAGUGCUUGAUGCUCUCUCUCUCUCUCUCUCUCCAUCUUGAUGCUCUUCUCUCUCUCUCUCUCUCUCUCCAGUACUUGAUGCUCUUCUCUCUCUCUCUCUCUCUCCAUCUUGAUGCUCUUCUCUCUCUCUCUCUCUCUCUCUCUAUGCUUGAUGCUCUUCUCUCUCUCUCUCUCUCUCUCCAGUACUUGAUGCUCUUCUCUCUCUCUCUCUCUCUCUCUCCAUGUUUCCUCUCUCUCUCUCUCUUUUUCCUGACUCCGUGUACCUCUCUCUCUCUCUCCUCUCUCUCUCUCUCUCUCUCUUUCCUACUCCGUGUACCUCUCUCUCUCUCUCUUUUCCUGACUCCAGUGUUGACUCCGUGUGUCUCCGUCUCUCUCUCUCUCUCUUUCCUGACUCUCUCUCUCUUUUUCUCUCUCUCUCUCUCUCUCUUUUUCCUGACUCCGUUUCCUCUCUCUCUUUUUCCUGACUUUCCUGACUCUCUCUUUUUGACUCUCUCUCUCUCUCUUUUUCCUGACUCCGUGUGGCUCCUCUCUCUCUCUCUUUUUCCUGACUCCGUGUACCUCUCUCUCUCUCUCUCUCUUUUCCUCUCUCCGUGUCUUUUUCCUCUCUCUCUCUCUCUUUUCCUGACUCCGUGUACCUCUCUCUUUUCCUCUCUACUCUCUCUUUUUCCUGACUCCGUGUACCUCUCUCUCUCUCUUCUCCUUUUCCUGACUCCGUGUACCUCUCUCUUUCCUCUCUCUGUUUUCCUGACUCCGUGUACCUCUCUCUCUCUCUCUCUCUUUUCCUGA